AUGCACAGCGAAACGCACGAUAUUCCGUUUCUGCCAGCACAUCUUAAAGCCGGGGGAAAUCGGCCGGCCCUGUGGAACCGCAUUAAACACAUGUCCGCGAUAGCGCCUAGAACAGUCACAUCUAAAAUGCAGAGUCUUGCGGCAAAAAUCGGAAUCUUGGUCGUGCUAGUAGGUUCAUUAGAGUGUGUUGCAGUAGCUCCUCCAAACCCAUUGCAAGAAAUGGUUCUAGAGAUUCGCCCAUCUUUCGGUGAAGGAUUGCAGCAUCUCGAAAAUUUGUUUGACUUGUUCCAUCUAACUCUGACUGGAACAGAAUUUGAAAUGGAAGCCCCUAGUAAUAAAGAGGAGAUACAGUUAGCUAUUCGCCAGACCCACGAUUUUUUUUCUGAAACCGAGAAGAUCACAGCCAAGCAUCAGAGACUCUAUGAUGAGAAGUUUCUUUCUCUAACUCACAACAUCUCUGUCCUUGAAAUAAACAUAAAUCAGCAAGAGAAUGAGCUUACCCAGUUGAAACGAGAAGAAGGCAAAAAGCAAGUCGAAUCCGCCAAACUAGUCGUGAAAAACAUUUUUUCAUUCAGGAAAGGCAUUAACAGAGAGAUUCUAGCUAAAAUUCUAGCAAUAAAAGCAACCGUGAAAGAGAUUGUUGAUCGUCACAAUUCGAUGGCGGCAUCCAUAUCAAGCUUGAAAUCAAAUCUGAUUUCUUCUCGUUCGGAACUCAGCAGACUGAGAGAUGAAAGUUCGUUAAUUGGGAGCUUGGGCUCCAAAAUCAGAUCCAUCACUACGUUUUUGACUGUGCUUCAUGGAAAAGUGAACGUCAUGUCCAACACACAGCAGUGGCGGUAUGAGUUUGAACCCUUGCUUCUAUCCAUUGAUGAUUUGAUCAAAUUUCUCCAAAGUCGUGAGGAUCUGAUGACGUCACUGGCGAACAAACAAAUCGUGGAUAAAAUUAGAGAUAAAUACUUUUAAAUACUUUAAAAAUUAACCAGUUUUUUACUCAGCAGUAAUGUUACGCUUUUAACAAAUUCAUAGGCUAGUGAUGACAACCGACUAAUUUCUGCACAAAAGUUAAAUACAAUUUAAACUAAAUAAAAAUGUGUGAAUUUAACUGCAAAGUGGACUUGCCAAUAAACUUUCAAAUAGCUGCAACAGUACAUGUGGAAAUUCUGAAUGAAUACAAAGCUGAAUUUUAUUUGAAAUACCCACUAACCUUAAACUGCUUUAACGAAAAAUGGUCCAUUAGGCAGAAAAUAUAGUUUGCCUUCAUACAACAGCUUUUUUAAAACUAGAUUUAUCAUUUCAUCUUCCUACACGGUUUGUUUUAAUUGCACACAUCGGAGUGGUCGUUAAUUUUUGUAAAAUGUUAUCAUAGAGAGCAGAGUAGUCGUUAUAAAAACUACGCAGCAAAAUGAUGGAAAUACUAUAAAAUCUGAUAUGUUUGUUAUCAUUGUUAUCAAAAACUUUUCUCUGCUGUCGAGAAACAUGAUACACUGUUUAGAAAAGGAUGGCUGGGAAAAUUUAAUGGACUUGGACUGUCACUGAACCUCCGCUGAACCUGAACGAAAUGUGUUAUCCAUUUUAGCAGACGAAACUAGAAGAAAGAUGGAUGUCGCCAGUUCGUUGUUGCCGGGCACGCCGGGCAUACUGAUAACCUCUGGGUUUUUCCAUUACAACAGAAACCAAAAUAUCUAUAAAAAACAGGAUUGCCCUACUUGAGCUAUUAAAAAUCAGUGCUUCAAAAAAGGAAAAGUCAAGAGAAACGUGCUUCGCAAGCUCACAAUGUCUUCAAAUAUUUUCAGGGUAAUAGGGUUAAUAACUCUAUAUUCCUUAAUAAUAGGGACAUUGCAGGCUCUUCCGUGUGCCAAUCCUUUACAAAAGAUGGUCAUCGAUAUCCAACAGCCGUUUACUGAAGGACUGUCGCAUCUCGAAAAUUUGUUCGAUAUGGUAAUGAAUUACGAUGACAAUGAUGGCCACACCACGGAAAAGCCAAUCGUCUACGCACCGAUACAGAGAGCGAUUCGAUGGACGUUCGACUCUAUGAGUGACUCGGAGCUUUUGACACAAAAACAUUUGAAACGAUACGAGGCAAAAGUCUUGGCUCUGGCGGAGGAUAUUGCCGACAAAGAGAAACGAAUCGUUAAGGAGAAAGCUGCAUUGGAAAGUUUGAAAAUCGAGUUAUCCGAGAGAAAGAAGCAAAUGAAAGUCCUCCGUGAACAAGUUUCGGAUAUUGAAACGAAGCUCAGACAAUCUGAAGAGAGAGCCCAAUAACGGGCCCGAGACGAAGCCUCUAGACGGAAGAACAAGAGAGUUGGAUGGAUAUUUGCAACCAUUUUUACAUUUGGUCUGGUCAACGAAAAGGAAUUGCAAAACGCUGAAAGAGACCGUGAUGCUCAUCAAAGUAACGCCCACGAGCGUCGUCAAACGUUAAUCCAAUUCGAGAGCAAUUUACGCGAUAUUUCACUCCGCCAAGGGGCCACGGAGCAGUCAAUCGUGGCGACGGAAGCCAGUCUCACUUCGGUUCGAUUUGUCCUCCAUAAAUUGAAAAGCCAAGAUCCGGCCAUGAGAGGAUUUGGGGAUAAGAUUCGCAACAUUACCACCUAUCUGACUGUUUGUCAGGGAAAGGUGGAAGUGAUUUAUUCCCAGCAAAAAUUAUUGGUCCUCUUUGAGCCGCUUCUGAAAUCAAUCGACCAACUUGUCUUGUUCUUGGAAUCUAACGAUGAGACCACGUCUCUCUUGGCCGAAAAGAAUAUCGUUGAAAAAAUACGGAAAUACAUGAAUUGAGAUUGAUGUGACGCUUAAAAA